GCAUUUGUUUGUGUAAAUAUCUUCUUCUCGUGUCAAUACAAAACACCAUGGGCGUCGUGUAUGAGGGAACCGACCUAGGCCUGGUGUGAUGGAGGGUCUUGUGCAUGGCGGCGGUGGCGGCGCUUGGUCCUGUGCUGGCGCCGCGGCGGUGGCGAUGCAGCGGCGGGGGCGGCAGCAGCCGGUGCGAUUGAGGGCCAGCGCCAGCAGCAGCAGCAGGAGUGGCGAUCCAUUGGAGCGACUGGCGGAGGAGGCCCGGCAAAAGGUGGGAGGAGCGGCGCGGACGGUGUCGGACACGGCGCAGCAGCUCUUGAGGGAUGCCAGGCGGCGGGCGCAGGAAUUCCAGGAGGAGCAGCAUGUCCGCCAGCGUGUGCGGCAAUUCACUCGGAGUGCCAACCAGAGAAUGGAGGACAUGGGGUUUGAGGUGAGGAGAAAUGCCAACGAGUGGAAUCGCAAGUACCGCUUCACGCACAGGGGGGCCGAGUUUGUCGACUACGUCAAGGACCAGCUCCACGCCGCGGACUCGCGCCUCAGGAUCAGGCAACGAGCGCGAAUGUUUGGCGUUGAUGCGCGGAUGAAAUGGCCCACUUACAGGAGACGGGUUUCACAGUUCCUCGACACUCCUCUGGGCAAGUUAGUGAGCACGAUCAUGUUUGCGUGGCUCGUUCUCUCGGGCUGGAUAUUCAAAGUCUUCGUUAUCUCUAUGUGGGUUCUCCCCAUAGCAGCGCCUUUGCUCAUCGGAACCAUUGCAAGGAACACCAUUGUCGAGGGAGCUUGUCCCAACUGCAAGACGCAGUUUAUUGGCAGCCGAGGUCAAGUAAUCGUGUGCCGGGGUUGCAGGAACGUCGUGUGGCAACCACGAGAUGACUUCUCCUCUUCCAAGGGGACCGGGGACCCGGAUAUAAUAGACAUCGAUGUCGAAAACACCUGAGGCUCCCUGUGCGCGAAUAAGGACGAACAUGUUGCGGUGCUUUCUCGCGUCGUUCAAGCCUUGUAAAUGACGAACCAGUUUACAAAAUUCUUGUCACUUCUCGUUGGCACAACCAAAAGAGCUGUUUACUUUGAUGUAUGUAUAUGCCACUCUUAUU